UGCCGUGGCCAGCACAGAGGUGAAGAUGAAGUUGCAAGAAUUCGUGCUCAAUAAGAAGAAGGCGCUGGCCCACAGGAACCUGAACCACUGCAUUUCCAGUGACCCCCGCUACUGGUACGGGAAAACGCAGCACAGCUCCCUGGACCAGAGUUCGCCGCCCCAGAGCGGGACGUCCGCCUCCUACGCCCACCCGGUGCUGGGGAUGUACGACACCAAAGACGACUUCCCGCUCAGGAAGACAGCUUCUGAACCCAACUUGAAACUGCGGUCCCGGCUCAAGCAGAAAGUGGCCGAGAGGCGGAGCAGCCCCCUGCUGCGCAGGAAGGAUGGGCCAGUGGUCACCGCUCUCAAAAAGCGUCCGUUGGAUGUCACAGACUCUGCGUGCAGCAGCGCCCCGGGCUCCGGGCCCAGCUCGCCCAACAACAACAGCUCUGGGAACGUCAGCACGGAGAACGGCGGUGUGCCGGCCGCACCCAGCAUCCCCACUGAGGCCAGCUUGGCGCCCAGGCUCGUGACGAGAGAAGGCUCUGUGGCCCCGCUCCCUCUCUACACGUCGCCAUCCCUGCCCAACAUCACCUUAGGACUUCCGGCCACCGGCCCGUCUGCUGGCGCAGCGGCCCAGCAGGACACCGAGAGGCUGGCGCUCCCCGCCCUGCAGCAGCGGAUCUCCCUGUUCCCUGGCAGCCACCUCGCCCCCUACCUGAGCACCUCGCCCCUGGAGCGGGACGGCGGGGCAGCGCACAGCCCCCUUCUGCAGCACAUGGUGUUGCUGGAGCAGCCGCCCGUGACAGACUGGUAUCUUUCAGGCCUGGGAGCACUGCCCCUCCACACACAGCCCCUGGUUGGUGCAGACCGGGUGUCCCCAUCCAUCCACAAGCUGCGGCAGCACCGCCCGCUGGGGCGCACGCAGUCGGCGCCGCUGCCGCAGAACGCGCAGGCGCUGCAGCACCUGGUCAUCCAGCAGCAGCACCAGCAGUUCCUGGAGAAGCACAAGCAGCAGUUCCAGCAGCAGCUGCACCUGAACAAGAUCAUCUCCAAACCCAGCGAGCCGCCCCGGCAGCCUGAGAGCCACCCCGAGGAGACGGAGGAGGAGCUCCGCGAGCACCAGGCCCUGCUGGACCAGCCGUACCUGGAGCGGCUCUCUGGGCAGAAGGAGGCGCAGGUGGCGGGGGUGCAGGUGAAGCAGGAGCCCAUCGAGAGUGAUGAGGAGGAGGCGGAGCCCCGAGAGGCGGAGCCCGGCCAGCGCCCGCCCACAGAGCAGGAGCUGCUCUUCAGACAGCAAGCCCUCCUCCUGGAGCAGCAGCGCAUGCACCAGCUGAGGAACUACCAGGCGUCCAUGGAGGCCGCAGGCAUCCCAGUGACCUUCGGGGGCCACCGGCCGCUGUCGCGGGCGCAGUCCUCCCCCGCGUCUGCCACCUUCCCCGUGUCUGUGCAGGAGCCCCCUGCCAAGCCGCGCUUCACCACAGGCCUCGUGUACGACACGCUGAUGCUGAAGCACCAGUGCGCCUGCGGCAACACCAACAGCCACCCCGAGCACGCCGGGCGCAUCCAGAGCAUCUGGUCCCGCCUGCAGGAGACCGGGCUGCGCAGCCAGUGCGAGUGCAUCCGCGGACGGAAGGCCACACUGGAGGAGCUGCAGACGGUGCACUCGGAGAGCCACACACUCCUCUACGGCACAAACCCCCUCAACAGGCAGAAACUGGACAGUAAGAAACUUCUAGGUAUUUGCUCUGCGCCCUUCCCUCCCCGACAGGGUUGUGGCAUCCCCAGGCUGCUCCAGGCCUCUCCCUCGGGGCUUGGGGGGCUGCAGGGCCACCCACGGGGGUCCCAAGGCUCGGGGUCUGGGAGAGAAAUGCUCAGCCUCACCGCACGGGAGCUGCUGUGUCCAGUGACGGUGUCUUGCCGCAGGCGUGCGUGGGGAGGAAAUGGACUGAGAGCCACUGGUUUACCAGAAUCUUGGAUGGCGGAGUGUAGACUAUGGAGGCUGUGCCCAGAGCGGCUCACGGGGAUGACCAAGAGGAGGCCCGGAGAGGGAGCAUCACAGGUCUGGCGCCGUGAGCAUCAGCUUCCGGGCCAAAGGCCGCCUGCUUCCAGCCUCUGGCAGGCUGGGGAGAGUUGACAUCAUGAAAAUAACUUUUUUUAUAUAAGAUUUGUUUACUUAUUUAUUUGAAAGGCGGAACAACAGAGAGGGAGACACAGGCAGAGAGUGAGCCAUCUUCCAUCCACUGGUUCGCUUCCCUGAUGGCUGCACUAGCCAGGGCUGGGCCAGGCCACAGCCAGGAACCAGGAACUCCAUCCGGGUCUCCCACAUGGGCGGCAGGGCCCAAGCACUUGAGCCGUCUCCACUGCCUUCCCAGGAGCAGCCAGGACUUGAACCAGCACUCCAGCCAGCAUGGAUACAACGUUCUCAGAGGCUCUCCUGCCUCGCCGCAGGGGUCUUGCACAGAGGUGGGGGCCUCGCCCGCUCCCUGGGCGCAGACCACAGACCUGGGGCCUGCAGAUGGGUGUGAGGACUCCCUGCUUUUCCCUCCCUGGCCGUCAGCCGCCCCCCAUCAGUUUUUGUCCCCGAGUUCCCUCCCUUUGUCCCCUCGGGGAGAAGCCAGCAGCCACUCUUCCCUGCACAAGCCGCAGGAGGCCCGAGAGGAGCUGCCGGCGCCACGGACGUCGUCCCAGGGCCAGGGGAGCACAGCCGUGCGGGGGCCUGGGACCCCGCAUACCCGCCCUGACAGGCUCCUCCAUCCGUGCGUUCACUGGUUGUCCUCAUUCAGAGCCCGCUUUUAUUUUUAAAGAUUUGUCUGUAUUUUGAAAGUUAGAGUUAGAGAGAGAAAGGGAGAGACAGAGAGAGAUCCUCCAUCCACAGGUUCACACCAGGAUGGCUGCAGCAGCCAGUGCUGAGCCAGGCCGAUGCCAAGAACCAGGGGCCUCAUCCGGGUGUCCCACACGGUGGCAGGGACCCAAGUCCUUGGGCCUCCUCUGCUGCUUUUCCCAGGCCGCUAGCAGGCAGCUGGAUCAGAAGUGGAGCAGCCGAGACUCAAACCGGCGUCUCAGGCAACAACCUUACACACUGUCACAACCCCAGCCCAGGCACAAGGCUUUCUGAAGGCAAAAACACUCAAGUUCAGGAAAAACAGGGAAGAAAUCGGCAGUGACAGGUUGAGGAAAGUGGGCCCUGGAGCCAGUGCCAGGCCGGUUGCCACCUUGGCGACCUCCCACAGUUCCCACAGUGCCAGGGGCUCUCGGCUGCUGGGGGGCAGAGUUAGGGCUGACCGACAGACUCUAGGCACCAUGACAGCACCUGAGCUCCAUGGUCUUGACAGCUGCUUGUCCAUAAAGGGCAGGGCAGGGGUCCCUGGGCUGGAGACCUCUGGGCCAGACCAGGGCAUGAGCACCAAGCCUGCCUCCCCUCGCUCGCGCCUUCCCCACACUGGGCUCCCAGCUCCCUGGCCCUGCUCUCCAGGACAUGCAGCCCCGGCACCCAGCGCCCCAGCUGGCUGUUGGGACUGAGCAGUAGAUGGCAGGAGGCGUCUGUCCUGACGCAGCGCUUCCUAGGAGGCAGAGAUGGGCGCGGGGCAGAGAAACCCAAGCUGUCCGCCGUGGCCUGAGAGAACACGGCCGGGUGUGAGGGGAAGGGAGAGGUCCCACACAGUCAGAGAGGACCCGGCUGAGAGACGGCUGCAGGGAGAAGACGCAUGGGCUUGAGAGAUGGCACGGCUGGAGGACCGAUGCAAGCAGAGAAAAAUUGGAGGUGCCCCCUCCUGUCAGGACCCACACAGCAGGAGGCCAGAACCAAGGAGGUGCCAGGGUGCGGGGACCCACAGCAGGGUCCCAAAAGGAAGGGUGGACAGGUGGGGGACAGAGUCAAGAUGCCCCCCGUUCCAGAGAGACCCAGGGCAGGUGGCUCACAGGGUGGGGUGCAGGGCCUCAGGGCAUCACCUUGGGAUCGUUCUGUCCGGAGCAGGGGCAGCAGGUGCAUCCCAGAGGCUGACCCCACAGAGUGGCCCAGGAGAUGGCCACGUCCCCCAGGCUGGCCCGCAGCUGUGUGCCUGGGAGCUGCGUCCUGUCUGCCACAGCCAGGUGACCGCGCGUGUCCUAAAUUCUGGGCUCUUGCUUAUCCACACCAUGCAGCCCUCACCCCCAGUCUGGCCCCACAGCCUGCAUCUCACCUGCCUGAGUCCCUCAGCUGGGCCCACUGGGGGUGCUGGCCACAGGGGGAACCUGACCUGCAGCUGUUGCAAGAUCGCUGACCCCCAGGAAGCACGUGGGGGACACCCUCCAGGCAGCCUUGUGGGGCUGUCACCACACAGGCAUUCGCGUCCUGUGCUUGUGGGGCCAGGUUUGUUCUUGCUGCUUGCCUGGCCGCCGCCCCCAUGGAGCAGCAGACAGGGUCCCGGCCGCUGGAGGGAGCUGCUGUAUCGCUGUCCUUGGCCGCAGCACAUGGCGGAUAGGCCGUGUGCGUCCUGGUGUGCGCUUUCCAUGCAGGCUCCCUGCCCCGUGUGCUCAGAGCCAGGCGCUCAGGGAGAGGCAGACCAGGGACACCCGGGACAGGCUCAGGCCGAGAAGCCGCAGCAGUGGCUCCAAUGAAGGGCUGCAGGCUCCUGGAGGGCAGGAGCUCAUGGGAGGCCCGAGGGGGAGCCGAUGUGGGGGAGCUGAGACCCAAGCAGGCGGCUGGAGGACCAGAGAGCAGACGGGACGUGCCGGCAGGACGAGGCUUAAAGGACAAGGACAGCGUGGGCAGUGGGGAACGCAGGCUGCCAGAGCCCAGGCGCUGAGUGGGCACAGCUGUAGCUGCAAAGGCACCCGGCCAGGGACGCACCCUCGGCUUCUGCAGCUUCCCCCUGGGGCCCAGCCAUGCACCUAGGCCAGCACGGCUGCCUGUUUGUGCCCCGAAGGGGAUGAGCCUUCAUGGUGAAGUCGCCCGUGCCUCCUCAGCCAGACUUCCACAGCGGCUGGGGAGCGCCGGGCAGCCCCACGUCGGAGAGAAGGCAGCUCCCAGGCCCCCUCUGCUGACCGUUCGGUGCCGCGUGUAGAGCAGCAGACGUGGGCCCAGCCCUGCACGCUGGUCGACUUUAGAGGCCGCUAUUGACCACGCGCCCCAGGGCCCUCCGCAGUCUGUCUUGGUGCUGUGGCGCUCAGCCUGGCAGGGCGUGGAUUCCGCGUCAGGCUGAGAUGGUGUGAGUUCACUAGACGGUGUGAGAAUUCUCUAGGCUUGCAAGCCGGGUUCAUACCAGGCUGAAGGUUGCCAGAAAUGGGAGGCAGCAGUGGGACAGGUGGUGUCCGUGGGAGCCACGAAGGUGGGCGUGCUGCGUGGUCACCAGUGGGUGCUGCUUGGGCCUUGGCUCUCAGCCGUGGCUAGAGUCCUCCCCUCGAAGACCCCUCUUCAUUUCCACGUCUUUGUUCAGUUGUUGGCCCCACGUCCUCAUGGCCCACUGCUGUCCCUCAGAGGCAACCAUUUUAGGGUUUUAGUGUUCCUUUGGUAGCUGGAUGUCUUGCGGC